AUGGAACAUAGAUAACUAUUAGAAACACUAGUCGUUGAUUUAUUAAAUAGUCCAAUCAACCCAUUAAUUUAAGUACACUAUUAAAUUAUGUUUAGUAUCGAGACUUUUAAAUUUAACACAUCUGUAAAUAAAUUGGAGUUAAUGAGUAUGGUGGUUAAAGAGAUGCAAUCUUUUUUAAGCAUUUUGCUUCCCAUUUUAUUUCAUAUUUAAAUGAAAAAAAUGAGCUUUCACCUAUCAUAUCAUAAGCUUAAAUUACUAGAAAUUAAACAAAACCAUAGGAACUAUAAUCAAAUAAACAAAUAACAUUACCAUCAAAUCCUGACUCAAUCAAAAGUCCUGUUUGUUCAAAACCUAAAAAUGAUGUUGUUUAAAUCAUUGAUGAUGAUAUCUUGAACUCAAAUAAAUCAAAAAUUGAUUUGGAGGUAUUCCUCUCUAAAUCCAUAAUACCUGUGCCAAAUAUUAUUGGGGUUAAUUUAGACAUAAAUAAUAAUCAAUUUAAUAAAUCAAAUGAUAACAUAAAACAUAUAUCUACUAAAACAGCAUCAAAUAAAUUGGAAAUUAAACCUAAAGAAUCUAAACUCAUUCCUGAUCUCAUUCAUAAAAAUAAAAUUAACAAAACUCCCCAAAAAAAAGAAAUUCAUAAUAAAACAUUUGCAUUUCUUGAACCUAUAGAAUUUAAAGAAACUUAAUUAAAUAGAUCUCUUUAAUCUAAAAUAGAACUCUAAAAUAAUAAUAAAAAGAAAAGGUUAUCCCCUUAAUUGGAUAUAAUUAAAAAAAAAGAUAGUAAACCAUCAACUUUUAAACCAGAUUCUUUAUCUGAAUCAUUUGAAAUUAGAACCUCAGAAGAUUUAUCAUUUAGAGAAGAUAGUAUUAAAAGAAAGGAGAAUAUUAAAUUAAUUAGUAAAUAAGAAAAGAAACCAAUUAAAGAAUUAGAAAUUGUAAAUAAAAAAGAGAAAUUAUAAAAAAUUGAAAAAAAAAAACAUUCAGAUUCAGAUAUAAAAUAGAAGAUUGAAAAAUUGACUCAAUAGAUUAUUCCAAUCAUUGAAUAAAAGGAUAAGAAAAAAAAAGAGAAAGUUGAUAGUAAUAAUAAUAAAUUGAAGAAUAAUAAUAAAAAAGAAUAAGAUAAAUAAUAAUAAUAAAAAGAAAAAAAUUCAAUAUUAGAAAGAUUUGAGAGAGAAAAAUAUGAUAAAGAUAAAUUAGAAAAAGAAAGAUAAGAUAAAUUUGAAAAAGAAAAAGCAGAAAGAUUAGAAAAAGAAAGAUAAGAAAGAAUUGAAUAUUUAGAAAAACAAAGGUAAGAAAGAGAAAGAUAGGAUAAAUUAGAAAAAGAAAGAUAAGAAAGAUUAGAAAGAAGUGAUAAACAUAGAUAAAAAGAAACUUAAGAAUUAGAAUUAAUUAUUGAAAAACUAUUAUGUACUAAUUCAAAUGAAACAUCCAAAAUUAAAAAGAAUUCAGAUUAAAUAAUUAUUAUUGAUAAUAAUGAAAAAACAAUUAAGAAAUUUGAAAAAGAGUAAUCUAAAUUUGAAAAACCUUUAUGCAAUUAUUGUUAAUACACAGAUACCAAAACCAUUGAAAUUUAAGAUGGAGUAAGAAUAUGUACAUAAUGUUUGCUAGUAUCAAUUAAUCCAUUCUAAAAAAUUAUAACAAAAUUAGCCUUUACUGAAUACAGAUGUUGUGGUAAAGAAAAUGCUAAAACAAUUCAAAAUUUCACUAUUGAUAAUACUUCAUAUGAUUGCAAUCUUGAAAUCAGAUGUGUCUCAUUAAAUAAAUAAGGAUUAUAUGAUCUAACCUUUCCUAUGUCUUGUACACUUUUAAUUAAUGGCAUUACAAUAAAAGAGAUUAGACCAUUAUAAGAAAAGUCAAGUUUAAAAAAAAGGAGGGAUUCCUCAAUUUAUAUUAAUCUAAAAGAUCUAUUAAAAUAAAAUAAUUUUAAUAAGAAAUUUGCAUUCUCAAUUAUAGAACAUAUACCUGAUUAGACAUAUCGUAAAGAAACAAUAGGUGCAAUCUAUUGUUUUGGUUUGUUUUUAGUUGAACCAUUGAAUGUGAUUAAAACAAUUGAAUAAUUUAAAUAACGUGAUAUUUAACCAAAGAUCAAAGCAGAUUAAAGUAAAAAAGAAAUAUAAGUUGCUAAAACAAUUAUAAGUCUUUAUUGUUAAUUCACAUUAGAAUUAAUCUAGAUACCAGCAAAGUAAAUAAUAAUAUUUAAUUUUCUUAGAGGUGAAUUUUGUUAACAUGAAUAAUGUUUUUGUUUGCGUAGUUAUCUAGAAAUGAUGAUUAAAGUAGAACAUAAAAAAUGGAUUUGUCCAAUAUGUAAAAAAGUAUGUUUCCAUUUAAUGAUUGAUAAAUAUCAGUUAUUUAUUAUUGAAAGAAUCAAACAAUUAGAAAUAUCUGUUGAUCAGAUAGUUUUAGAUCAUAAUGUAUUAUAUUGAAAUUAAAUUAGGGUUAAAUGGAUAAAGAUGAAUAAAUUAAUAUAAUAUUGUAAGAUCAAUCAAUUAAAUCAUAUUAAGAUAUAAUUGAUAGAGGAUACCAAAAUAUUAAUAAAAUCAACAAAAAUGAAGAUGAAGAUGAUUUACCUAUUGUAAAUAAUGAAGGAAAGACUUAAAAUUUUGCUAUCAUUUUAAUUGAUGAUUGA